AAGAGCGUGCGAAAAUCAUUCUUAAUAUAUAUUCGAGCAAGCAAAGAUCAAACAUUUCAGAAGCAGGUAAUGGAGAAGAGGCCGCCUGCACUAGCUCUUGGGCCGCUGAAGCUGACGCUGCUUCUGUUGCUGUGGUUGGUUGUGUUUCCGGCUGCUAAGGGUUGCCCAUCAGGCGGCAGCCGAUGCAGAAGUUGCCCACCAGACGGCAGUCAAUGCAGAAAUUGUAUAGUAAAUCAGAUGAAGUUCAGCUGCCCAGAAUGCACGCCGGUUCUGCGCUGUAUGGCUCGAUGCUUGUGGGGCGGCAGCUCGAGGGCCAACUGCAUCAAGAACUGUGAUUGUGGCACCCCGAAGCUCUCCGACUGCAAGAGGUGCAUGUCACGCUGCAAGUGCAGCUGCAUGUUGUCGUAGAUGAGCGUUCUCAAGAAGAACAACAAAGCCUGUAUGUUUCUGUUUGACGUAUGAAUAUUAUGAUUUAUGAAUUCAGAAAUCUAUCUUUC